AUGGAAGGCCUCCCUGGCUGGAUCAGGGAGUUCUGGAGUCCAUUUCGAUCUGGGUACUUGGGAAGCCAUUUCUGGGCAGCCUUCAAGACUGUGAUCUCCCCUGGGAGUGGACCCUAUGGUACAGACCUAGAAGAAGCUUCAGCUGUCUUCAUCUCUGCUUCCGGGAGUUUUGAUGAGAGUGCACUGAGACAAUGUUCGUUUACUGUUAGUAGCCCAGUUCUGGCCGCUCAUACCUUCUGGUCUUCCAGCCGAGGUGGUAGAGACCUUGCACCAACCAAGAUCUCCUCAACAAGAAAAAGUAGGAUCAAUCGUAACACAGAUUCUUCUAAUAAUGUCUUGGCUGUCCUGGUUGAGCAGAGAAACACAGAGCAGGAGAAAGCAGCCCGUGUCGAGCUCUUCACUGAUCUGAUCCGCUCCAUUGAGAGACUUCAGACCGAACUACUGGAGAUGAUAGAGGAGCAGCAGAAAGCAGCAGAGAAACAAGAGCGAGAUCUGAUUGAAGAGCUGGAACAGGAGAUCUCUGAGCUAAAGAUGAGAAACAUUGAGCUGGAGCAGCUCUCACACACUAAAGAUCACCUCCACCUCCUACAGAUCUACUCAUUCCUGAGCAUCUCCAGAAACACCAGGAACUAUCCUGAGAUCAUUGUGAAGACUCAUGAGAGUCUGGAGACUCUGAGGAGAGCUCUGACUCAACUGAAGGACACUAUAGACGAGAAACUCUCACAAACUGUCUCUUCAGAGCUGAAGUGGAUGCAGCAGUAUGCAGUGGAUGUGACUCUGGAUCCUGAUACAGCUCAUCCUGAUCUCAUUCUGUCUGAUGAUGGAAAACAAGUGAGAGAUGGAGACUUUACACAGAAACUCCCAGACAAACCUGAGAGAUUUGAUAUAUGUGUAAAUGUCCUGGGAAAGGAGGGAUUCUCCUCGGGGAGAUUUUAUUUUGAAGUGCAGGUAAAAGAAAAGACUGAAUGGAUUUUAGGAGUGGCCAGAGAAUCCAUUCACAAAGGACAGAUCAAACUGAGUCCCAGAGAUGGAUACUGGACUUUGAUUCUGAGGAAUGGAGAUGAAUAUAAAGCCUGUGAGGAUUGUCGUGUCUCUCUGUCUCUGAGAGGAAGCCACAGCGAGGUUGGUGUGUUUGUGGAUUAUGACGAGGGUCUGGUCUUUUAUGAUGAGUCCAGCUCUCAUAUCUACUCUUUCACCGAUCAGUCUUUCACUGAAAAACUCUAUCCAUUAUUUAGCCCAUCCUUAAACUAUGGAGGUAAAAACUCAAAUCCACUGAUCAUCACACCUGUCAGUUAUAAUAAAUGAAUUUCUCUUGAUAUGAAAUACAAGAUUAUAGUUAUGAUUUUUAUAAAUUGUUAUG